AGACCGGCGCGAUGGCCAGUGCCGCGACCAGGAAAGAAGGGGAAGAUCGCGAGACAAGGAACGAUAUGACCAUAGAAGCCGCUCCCACCAUUCUUGUGAACCAAGCGAGGUGAGGCCUCCUUUUCCCUCCCAGUCUGAUUCUCGUGUAGAUCACACGCCUGUUUCUCCCCUCUCAUCCUCUACCCCUGCUUCGGCCUCUCCAUGCAAACUCCCAACCACCCUCCACAACCCGAGUCCAGAUGGAGAUGCUGCUGCUGUCUUGAUUGUCACCUCUGCGUCGGCCCAGACUACUCACCAGGCUGAUUCUCUCCUGUCUUUGCAGGGUCGAGAGGAUGUGCUCGAAAUCCUGGAGAGCCAUCUCGAUCCCAUGCUUCAUGAGGCGGCGGUGAAUCACUCUAUGUACUCUCCGGAUACAAACUCUCCUCGUGUUUCCUUCCCUGUUUUUGUGACAUCCUUUGCAAGACCGGCAUCGGCUCCAACUCUGACACCUCUGGCUGCAGCAAAGGAUUCACAGAUCACUGAGUUCAUCAAUGACAUCGCAACGUCGAUCCAGCCACCUCUUCUCCCAGCUCCGGAUGUGAAUGUGAGGAAGCCUUCCCGCGUUAAGCGAUACAAGAAGCCGCUCUCCCCAGCUUCACUGAAGACAAUCGCUGAUCUAGUGGAGAAGGGAGGAUGCAAGGCCAUCAGGCUGAAGGCAUCCAAGAAGGCAUCUGUGGCGCCACUGUGGCUGACUCUUGCCGACUAGAAGUAGAAGCUUUUGCUCAUCGAUGACAAGAUAUCUUCUACUGUUAAAGACUUAGCUCUUCAGAUGUACUUGUCCUUUAGAUUGCUGCUAUCUGUGCACUAUAUUGCUUGCUGCUUCUCCUGCCUACUAUGAAUUAGAGUUGCUGAUGAGAUCUACCCCCUACCCCCUCUCUGGCUGUGUUUCUUCCAGCUGCGCUGGCUGUGUUUCUGCCAAUUGGGCUGUGAUAGUAGACCAUUUACUCUAUGUCGCAGGAUAAUGUGUAUCUGUUCAA